CGGGCUGGCGUAACUCGUCCGGUUAAGAGGCCUGUUCGUUCGGUGUCGCUCGCUCGCGGCCGAUGCGGACCUAGCCUCCGGAGUUUUACGAAGCACUCUCUCAACUUCUUCCUUGCGGCAGGGUCUGGGCCUUGCUUUCCAGCCCGGCUCCUGGCGCCUGUUGUGGCCGAGCCCCCGGGCUCCCCGCACCCGGAGAGGAUGUCGGAACAGACGGGCUUGGUGAUGCCGCAGACUCUGGACAGGAGUUGCUGGGUGUGUUUUGCUACUGAUGAGGAUGACAGAACAGCAGAGUGGGUGAGACCAUGCAGAUGUAGAGGCUCUACAAAAUGGGUUCACCAAACGUGUCUACAGCGCUGGGUGGACGAAAAGCAGAGAGGGAACAGUACAGCUCGAGUUGCAUGCCCUCAGUGCAAUGCAGAAUACUUAAUAGUAUUUCCAAAACUAGGCCCAGUUGUUUAUGUCUUGGAUCUAGCAGAUCGCCUUAUCUCAAAAGCCUGUCCGUUUGCUGCAGCUGGAAUAAUGGUGGGCUCUAUCUACUGGACAGCUGUCACUUAUGGAGCUGUAACAGUGAUGCAGGUUGUGGGUCACAAAGAAGGCCUUGAUGUCAUGGAAAGAGCUGAUCCCUUAUUCCUUUUAAUUGGACUUCCCACCAUCCCAGUUAUGCUUAUAUUGGGAAAGAUGAUUCGCUGGGAAGACUAUGUGCUUCGAUUGUGGCGGAAAUAUUCUAACAAACUACAGAUACUGAACAGUAUAUUUCCAGGGAUUGGAUGUCCUGUUCCUCGUAUUCCAGCUGAGGCCAACCCUCUGGCAGAUCAUGUCUCUGCUACUCGUAUUCUGUGUGGCGCUCUCGUCUUUCCCACUAUUGCUACAAUAGUUGGCAAGUUGAUGUUCAGCAGUGUUAACUCUAAUCUUCAAAGAACAAUUUUGGGUGGAAUUGCUUUUGUUGCUAUAAAAGGAGCUUUCAAGGUUUACUUCAAACAGCAGCAAUAUUUACGACAAGCUCAUCGGAAAAUUUUAAAUUACCCUGAGCAAGAAGGUGCAUAAAUGACUAUGGAUGUCAGACUGUUACAAUCUCAUCUGCUAUAUUCAGCAGCAUUGUACCAAUUCUAUUCAGCUACAGGAACAGAGCUGGCAGGAUAUGCUGCUGAAUUUUGUGUUCUCCCCCCUCCAGACUAAUAAAGGACUUAUUAUGGCAGGGUGAAUCCUCCUUAGUUGUUGAGCCUAAGAAUGUGAUUUCUUUUCAUUGAUGCAUUUUCUUUGUGGCGGAAGACAUCUGAAUCAUUUUCCUAUGGGCAAAUGUUGCCUUUUUUUUUAAACAGAAGCCAAAUGGUUAUGAAGCUAAUAAAUUGUCUGCAGACUGUGUUGAAAUAUGUUUUGUAUGCUUAUUGCAGUAAAUGCACAGUAGUAUUCUACAUGGGCCAAGAUAACUGACUUUAAACAAUAUUCAGUUGUUUAUUGCCAAGUAGAACUCGGUAAUGUGAGUUAAUAAGGGUUCAUUUAUUCACAGAUAAAGCUAAACAGUGAACAUGAAACUCAAAGCCUAAAAUCCACUCAAAGAUGUCAAAAGUUAACUCGUUUUCUUGCUAGUUUACGUUGCCCUCAGAACAUCGCAUAGUACUAGAACAUUAAAAACUGAACAUGCUUGGUUUUGAUAAGCACUUGAAAUACCAGCAAAUUGCUUUUUAUUUAUUAUUUUUCAUCAAUUGCUUUCUUUUGUAUCUUUGGCUGUAAUACAAGUUUUACUUUAUAUAACCAUCUGUUAAACUGAAAAAUAGAAUUACAAGAUAUGUUUGUAACAAGUUGCAAUAUUACAGCUGUUGCUUGGUGCCAGUAGAACCAUAACCAAAUUGUGGAAUUAUUACUAGGUCAAACUAAAUUUUGAAGCAAAGGUUCAAAAAUCACUACUUCUAACAUGCAGCCAUGUGUAGAAGAAAAUAUAAAUAUUCAGAUACAAAUGUUCAGAUUUGAUUGAUUUCACAAGUAAAGUCUAAUUUACAGAAGUAGUUCCCUGAUGUUAAAUUUAUGACUUGUCUGGGACUGCAUCUAUGUUGCAUCUCUUUUCUAAGUGCUGUUGAUUUUGCUGGGACCUCUAAGCAAAUACCUAGGAUUCUAAACACAUGCAUGCACAGGACCCAUUCCAGUCAAUGAGCUGGAUUUCCUAGUAUAUGUCAGGAUUGAGGUUUAUAAGGGAGAUAUUUAAGUUGCACUUUUUCUUGAAAAUAGAAAUUAGUGAAUCAAUGUUUAGUGUUAGCUACGAUCUGAUUUAUACAGAAUCUAUGUAAUAAAGGACAGUCAGUCUUGGUUUACAGGUGGUAUUUAUUUUGGCAGGAUUAAAAGAACCACUGAGGAGUGUCUCUUAAACUCUCAAAUUAUGUUCAGAUUUGUACAGUAUGUAUUAUGCAUGGAGAAAAGUAAGAAGAUUUCCUUUUUAAGAACUGGUAUAUAAUGGUUUUUCACCAGAAAUGAAGCAAAUUUAAAAAAUGGGCUUCGUGUUUGCAAUAAUGUUUGCUAAAGAAAUACGAUUUUGUGUAGCAACCAUUAGUUUAAAUAUUGAAAUAAUAUUUUAGAAGUGUAUAAAAGUGUACAUAGUGACCAACUAGUAUUCAAACAUUGAUUUAUGUGGAAAAAUCUAAAACAUAAGAGAACACUCAUUUCUUGUAAGUAUUGAAAAAAAUACAAUACGUUUAAGUCAGUUGGGCUCUUGAUAUAUAUUUAUAUAUAAAGCAGUAUCCUGCAAAAUGCUGGCUUUCUAUCAAAUGGGUUUUUAGUGCUAUAAAAGUUCUCUUGCAAAAACAUUUUUGUUGCAAGAAGGAGCAUUCUGUGUAGUCUUUACUGUAUAUACACCAGACCUUUCUUAUCUGUUGGUUUUUAAUCUCUCUCUCUCUCUCUCUCUCUCUCUCUCUCUCUCUCUCUCUCUCUCUCUCUCUCUCUCUCUCUCUCUCUCACUCACACACACACACACACACACACACACACACACACACACACACACACACGCCUCUUACAGUGCAGUGGGUUGGUUUGCAAUUUGUUCUAUGGUAAAAUUGCUGAAAUUAUUGUAUAUCUUAUGACUACAAAUGUACUGUGAAGAAUGUGGAAUUACUAUUUUAAAUUAAUUAGCAAAGACAUUAACUUGGUUACUGUGCUGUUAAAAUGUUUUUAGUUGUGUAAUUUACGAUCACACAUCAGAUUAGAUUGAAUAAAUUUUUUUUUACAUUC